UUUUUUUCUCAUUCUCAAUCUUGCUUUCUAUAACAUUUCACCACGAGCAGAAAUCUAAUUUGUUGCCGAGUGUAUAGGUAUUUUCCAGUAAUGCUCAAACUUCUUCAUAUUGAAAAAUGACAUCAAACUUCAAGUAGUUAAACUCACUGCACUUAAAACUAAUACAAAAAAUGUUUGAGUUCAGCUAUUUCUUUUCCUUUCUUUCGGACCACGAAUAUACGGUUUGCUUCUUCAGUUUUAUAAUUAACAUAGUUCAUUUAUUGAUUCUUACAAGAAAAUAUAUGCGAACUGCUUCUAUUUAUGUUUUGUUAAUUGGAGUAUGCAUAGCAGAGUUAUAUCUAAUGUUCCUUCCGUUGAAACAAAAACUUGAAGAAUUUCUGGAAUCACGGAUGAAAUGCCCUCUUCCUUCUUCAAUAUUUCAAAUCUACAUCAGUCGAAUAGUUUUCUCAACUGGUGAUAACAUGUCCCGUUUAUCAAUUUGGCUUUGCGUACUUUUUGCAUUGGUUCGAGUGAUCGUACUCCAGAAAAUAAAUGACAAUCGAUUUCAAAUACUAUCAGCUCCGGGAUUUGGAUGGAUUCUUAUAUUUUUCAGUUUUAUUUUAAGUGGGAUUAUGUCUAUUUCCCAUUAUUACAAAGAUCAUAUUGAGGAAGUUGGGCUAUGUAUACCACAGCCGGGUUGUGAAUCGUUAUCUGUAAGUCAAAUAUAUCAAUACCAUUUAGUAAUUUCUGAAUUAUAUACAUUUGGAAAUGGUAUAUUUGCCAAAUUAUUUUUCCUUUCAAAUGGAAUUUUUACAUUAAUACUUCCUUGUUCAGUUAUUUUAAUUAUUAUUGUUUUCUUGAUCAAAGAGAUUAUAAAAUCAAAAAAAAAGCAUAUCGAGAGAACUGUAAAUCCUCAUCACAUGAGAAACGAAAAAACAACAAUUCUAGUGACUAUUCUGUCAAUUGUUGAAUUUUCCUUUCUUCUGUCUUCCGGGUUAAUUUUCAUUGUGGAGAUAGUUUUUGGAAGGAAUACUUUAGAAAUUAUCAAUUACGCAAAUAUUAGUCUGAGAUGGAUUUUUGCUCUCAAAUCAUCAACUCGAUGUUUUCUCUGUGUCUUGUUUUCUUGCCGUUACCGUAACGCAAUUCGAAGGAUGUUCGGGUUUAAAGAUGCAAUUGCGGUCAUGAAUCAGCACAAACCUAGCAUGGCUCCACCAUCACCGUCGUUACAAAGAUCAGCUUCUUCAAAUAUGCCUCCGAGCAGUCCAAAGAUGGAGUCUAGCUUAUAAUUGUUUCAUGACGCAGAGUCAGGCGACGUAUUAUUUUGAUUUGUUUUCGUUUUACAUGAGCAAAUUAAAUUUGAAGUCUGAUAAAAUAAGGGCUGAAUUGAAUGAUUACAGGGAAGUGGUGAUUUUGUUUAAAUUGUAUUUUUCAUGUUGUUAUUCGGACUCGCAAAAUAUUAUUGAAUUCCGUGAUUAUUUUCAUUCCGUGAUUAUUUUCAUUCCGUGAUUAUUUUCAUUCCGUGAUUAUUUUCACUCGGGAAUCGCUCGCCCACUAUGGGGGAGUGUACGCAAGGACAACGCAAGGACAAGGACAACAUUCUAAUGGAAUGAAAACAAUUGCCCGACUGCACCAAUUCUAGUUCAAGCGAACAACGAUAACUUUUGUAUUCUGUAUUCCUUCACGUCUCCCAGCGAGCGUAAUAAAUUAUUAUUAUUA